UUCCCACGCCGCGCCCACCCGAGCCGAGGCGCGAUCUCUGGCUGGUGGCGCGGCGUUAGUGACACGGCGUCGUUGCGCGUCGCUCUCUCUCCGGCGGAGCAUUCUGCCGAGCCACUCUGCCGGGGCACGGUGCCGCAAAGUAGUUGUCAAAAUGGCGGCGAGCGAGGGCUCCGCGAGCGUGAAUCCGAAUUGCGAAGUGGUGCGCGGGCAAACAUUCGAGGUCGGGCCGCGCUACACGAAUCUGUCAUACAUGGGCGAGGGCGCCUACGGCAUGGUCGUGUCCGCCUACGACAACCUCACCAAAACGAAAGUAGCUAUUAAAAAAAUUUCCCCGUUUGAACAUCAAACGUAUAGUCAGAGGACCUUAAGGGAAAUAAAAAUCCUCACGAGGUUUAAGCACGAGAACAUAAUAGAUAUAAGGGAUAUAUUAAGAGCGCCGACUAUAGAGCAAAUGAAAGACGUGUAUAUCGUUCAAUGUCUGAUGGAAACAGAUCUUUAUAAAUUACUGAAGACACAAGCUAUUAGUAACGAUCACAUAUGUUAUUUUCUGUACCAAAUAUUGCGAGGGCUGAAGUAUAUACACUCGGCGAACGUGUUGCACAGAGAUCUGAAGCCGAGUAAUCUGCUGUUGAAUACCACUUGUGACCUUAAAAUCUGCGACUUUGGUUUGGCGAGAGUCGCAGAUCCGGAACACAAUCACGCGGGUUUCCUUACGGAAUAUGUGGCCACGAGAUGGUACAGAGCUCCGGAAAUUAUGCUUAAUUCCAAGGGUUACACCAAGUCCAUAGACAUCUGGUCGGUCGGUUGUAUCCUGGCGGAGAUGCUUUCGAGACGAGCAAUAUUCCCCGGCAAGCACUACCUAGAUCAGUUAAAUCACAUUCUCGGUAUCCUCGGAUCGCCCUCGCCGGAGGAUCUUGAGUGCAUCAUAAACGAGAAAGCACGGAAUUAUCUUCAAUCGUUGCCGUUUAAACCAAAGGUACCGUGGACAAGUCUUUUCCCCAAUGCGGAUUCAAGAGCCUUGGAUCUCCUGGAUAAAAUGCUGACGUUUAAUCCUAAUAAGCGUAUCGUGGUGGAAGACGCGCUGGCGCAUCCUUAUUUGGAGCAAUAUUACGACCCUGCCGAUGAGCCUGUGGCAGAGGAGCCGUUUAAAUUUGACAUGGAAUUGGAUGAUCUUCCAAAAGAAGUAUUAAAACAAUAUAUUUUCGAAGAGACUCUAUUGUUCCAAAAGAAUAAUCAGGAGAAUGCUAUGUAGUCUACUGGCACAUUGCUGCCGGAAUCAUAAUAGCAGAUACGCGCGAUGAUCUGAAAAUGAAAAGAGUGAAAAUGGAAAAUGAACAAGUAGCGAGAUUGAUACGAAGAAAGCGUACUUUUAACAAUCAUCGCGACUUCAUCGCCGCUCGAAUUUACGACGAUACAAAGAUACUAGGAUAUUGAUGAAAGAUUUAAUUCAGCGAUCAACGAACGAUUAACCGAGCUGGUUAGUCGGGUGAGUGAAACAGUCGCAAUGUCCGCGUAUACGCUUGUACAUUCGCAUCCUUCGCACUCGAAGAAAGAAAAUGUAAUGUUUCUUAUGUUAUACCGAACAUAGCAUAAUAUCACACACAUACAAUACACACAUACAUAAAACACAAAAACACAUAAACACAAUUGGUACAAUAUGUACUUUUAAUUUAUCAUCAUUGUACCAUACUAUACUGUCUGUCUGUGAUUUAAUAAUUUUGCGAGCGUAACGAGGCGUAACACGCGACAUACUUUGUCUUUGUUUCAUCAUUUUCUCUGGAAUUAUUUCUUUUAUCUCCCGAAAGCGAGAUAGCUGAGAUUACAACGCGUGAUUGUAUGGCAUAACUAGGGCAAUACACAUUCGGCUUAUCGUCCCUCGAGAUUUCCCGAUAUCGGAGAUAUCAUAAAUAAAAUUUCAGAGUACGCUAAAUGUUUACUCUACGAAAUUCGAACGCUUGUAGUAUUUGCGUAAUUCAUUUCAUAUGAUGUUUUUUUUGUCUCACGUGUAUACGUAUGACUGUGUGUGCGUAUGUACGUAUGUGUGUGGCAGAAUAUCUUUCGAUAUUUAAUCUGUUCGUGAUAGUCAACCGUUAUAGCGCGAAUAUACGACGUGCAAACGCCGUAAUCGACACAUUCACGAGAAUCAUAUAUAAUAUAAUUUAAUGUUAAAAAAAGAAUCGUGAUUUUUUUUCCGAGCAUGUGAUAAUAAUAAUGGUGCCCAUGUCACGAGAAUAAAAUAUCAAUUUGAAUGAACAUGUAGAAGAAGGCUCCGAACUAGUUUUUUCCGGAGAUUUUACGAAUCUUAUAUUUCAUAUGAACCUCAUCGCUCUUGGAGCCUUCUGAAAUCGAUAUCGCAAUUCAAAAUCUUCUACCCGCGAUAAAGUCAAUUUGAAUUACUGGAAAUCGAAUUCGCCAACUGAUUUCGAUAGCUCCAUUCGGCCUUACUGCGUGAAUAUACGGACAGAAUUUUUUCAGUCCUAUUCCCAGAAACUAGGUUGUGAGAGACGAAGCGAAAAUUACAAAGAAAGUGAAAGAAAAAAGAAAAUAUUAAAACAGGGGCAAGAUAUUUACUUCCUCUAUUAACUGUUACCGAUCUUCACGUUCUCCGAUACAUCCAAUAAAUUAAUAAUUAAAGAAAAAUUCGUUGUUCGUAAGAUUCUUAUCUAGAUCUAAGACGUAUUUCUAAUAAUCACGGAUUCUUGUUGAAGAUGAUUCAUGCUCUUUAUCUCCUUCAAGACGCGAGAGUGGAUGUCAAGGACAUAACGGCGAGUAACAUUCUGUCGUUACGUUAAUAUCAUAAUUUCAAUCUCCGUCGAUUUAAUAUAUAUUUAUCUCCUUUCGAUGUUCAUUCGAUUGUGUGCAUUGUGUUUGUCAAAUUAUCGUGGACAAAAGAGUUAAGGAAUUUCCUGCAAUUUACACUUUUCUCGCGCGUCUCACACGCCUUGAUUACAAAACGAGUUGCGUAGACAGCAGGCAGUCCAAUUACCUGUGUACACACAUAAUUUUUUCCAAAAGGAAAAUUAUCCAAAUUCGUAACGAUGACAAUUUUCUGUAACGACAGAUUCUGAAAGAAAAAAAUGAAUUCGAUCAUGCUGUACUAGAGAUAAUCUCAGGAGUUUCAAUGCUUGUAACUCAAAGUAAAAUAAAUGUAUACCUUUUCUUCCCGCGAUCCACGGAUGGGCCGCCGUUUUUGUCGUUACAUGAAUGAAUAUAUUCAAUGUACGAAGGACUAUUUCCGAUACAGACAUUUUUCGAUAUUGUGCUUCUAUUUCUCACACGAUUCUUCCGGCGACAAAGUUAAAAAUAUGAAUUAAAUUAAUAUAACGAAUCUUGCAGUAGAGAUUUUUAAAAACCUCACAUUAAUAAUGUACUGUGGGCACAUGUAUGACUCUUUGUGACCUCUUUGCGGACCUUAUUCGUCUCGACAGAGAGCCGUUGUACAGCAGUUCAUAAUAAUAUAAUAAUAUGUUAGAAUUUAAUACAUGUUAAGCUAUUUUCCCUCUGUAAAAAACGUUUAAUCGCGUUUAGCUCCAAAGACUUUGUGUUAUUACCGCAGAGUUAAACGAGACGCGUGUUAUUUCGGAGUGUGCUCUCAUCCGAGGCCUUUUACAGUACUUAUACACCAUAGAUCAAUGGGGAAGCGACGAUAAAAUCGUGUGCUCAGCGAAACUGUAAGCCGACGAGAAAUCGAAGCUCUCGCUGUCAAUGAUAAUCGGAUACGUAGUACAUAUAGCUUGUGAUAUAAAUGAUAGGGGGGGGAAAAAAAGGAGAAACAUACAUUUUUGGGGAAAAUGCUGAGAUUGCGAACGUCGCGCGUAAUAUGUCGGCGAGAAAGCAUCGUCGACAUCAUCGGGCCUAAUGUACUUAAAGUUGUGUAUGUGUACUUGUUGUUGUUGUUGCCGAUUCUUAUAUAUCCGGACAUUCACGGAGUAUUUCGUCUGUCGAUUUUCGAUGUUGUUUCGACGAAAUGUAUCAUUGAACUGUGUAAAGAAGAGUGGAAGAGGCAGCGGAGCGAGAUGGUGGAUCUACGUUUCCUCGAGAAGUAGAAAGACAAUUGUUAGUCUUCGAGUUAACGAAUGGUUGAUUAAAUCAUUAGCGUUUUUACGUAGACAUAUAGACGACGAGAGAGAAAGAGAGAAAAACUUUUAAAGAAAAAAAAAAAAAAAAA